AAGGAUGAUAGAGUGAAAGAGACCAUGAACAGUGAAAUGAAAGAAUGAAGACGGCAAGCUUAGCUUAGAGCUAAGAAUCCUAAGAUCAGAGACGGUAGAUUCUGUGGACACAGACAAAAAUGGAUUUACGGAUGACUGAGUUGGAAGAUAACCAAAACCGACUGGAGGAGAAGAUGGAUCGGAAUCAGCAACAGACUACGGAUAUGUUGGCAGCGAUUAUGGCCAGAUUGGAUGCGAAAGAUCAAGAUUGAUCGAGAAGUAGGUCGCAUCGCUCAUCUGCGUCGCAUCGAUCAUCUGCAUCGCAUCGCACAUCGGCAUCGCAUCGCACUUCUCAACAGCAUCAGUCGCGACACAAACAUGCGAAGAAGGACGACAGUUCAGACAGUUCGUCUAGCCAUUCCACAUCGCGACAUAAUCGCGAUCCUCAUCGGAAACAACGACAUCACCAUCACACAGGACGGAAAAUUGAUAUGCCAAUCUUUAACGGAGAGGAUGUUUGUGGUUGGUUGUUGAGGAUGAAUCGCUACUUCAGACUGAAUAACACGGAGGACGAAGAUAAAAUUGAUGUGGCAGUCAUCGCCAUGGAAGACCAAGCUCUCAGCUGGUUCCAGUGGUGGGAGGGACAAGCACAGCAUCAGAAUUGGGAAUCCUUUACCCAUGCUUUGACAAGAAGAUUUCAACCUAACCUGGUUCAAGAUCCGUUGGGGCUCUUGUUCAGUUUAAAGCAAAAAGGGACUAUCCAGGAGUACAGAGACCAGUUUGAGACAGCUAUAGCCUCACAUGGCCAUUUGACUGAAGAGGUGUUGAAAGGAGUUUUUCUGAAAGGUUUAAAGCGUGAUAUACGAGCUGAGCUGAAGUUACAUUCCGCACGAACUUUGGCAGAAGUUAUGGAAAAGGUAUCCCUCAUUGAGAACAAGAACACUGAAGUUUUGUUUAUGAAAAAUAGAGAGGAAGGAAAGAAUAAAGGACAGAGCAAGUACAAUGUUCAGAAUUCAGGCCAAAAUUGGAGUGAAGGAAGCAGAUGGAAGAGUCAUCCUGACCAGCCUGUUAAUAUGGGAAAGGUGACAAUUGACAACAAAAGCUACCCUGAGGUGAUGGAUCCCAACCAGAAAAGAAAUGGCCCUAGAUUAUCACAAGAAGACUAGAAGAGUUGCUUGAAAGAAGUAAGAAAGGACUAUGUUUCAAAUGCGGAGAGAAUUGGGAUAGGGGACAUGUGUGCAAGAUGAAAAAUUAUAAGAUAAAACUAAUGGAAAAAUCUGAAGGUGAAGUUGAACUGAAGUAGAAUCAGGGGACUCAGAAGAUGAAAAGACCUCACCAAUGAAUCUGAAAACCAUG